GGAAGAGCAGUUGGACCAAUGCCAAUUCUUGGUUCUCAAGACUCUUUUCCGUAUGAACAAGUACUUGUAAAACAACACUUAUUCUUUUAUACUAAGACUAACUUGACUUGAAUUCAAUUAUUUUUCGUGCGAGUUUUGCUUUCCCUCUUCCACAAUCGUUCUGUUCAAAAGGACAAUCAAUCCUUCUGUUCAAGAUACUGAGCAAUUGUCUGAGGAAAUAAUUGUGACUGUGCAAUUGCAGAGAUGGCGAUCAAGUCCUACGCAACCCAAGCUGAGCUACUUCUGCGGAACUAUAUGCAUGCAGAUUCUUAUGCCCUGUGCACAUCUAUUAUUGGCAGCAUUUGUGCUUGCAAGAUGGUUUAUGAUCUCAGCCAGGUCAUUAGUGCAGCUUACUUGAAGAGCUAUUCUAGACUUUCGAAACUUAAAAAGAUUGAGUGGAACAACCGUGCCAUAUCAACCUUCCAUGCUAUAUUCAUCACAACCAUGUCACUUUACUUUGUAUUCUGGUCAGACCUGUACUCCGGUGAUCAUUUUGCUCCUGCUAUUACUCUUCGACAUUCAAAAUUGUCUACAUUUGCUCUGGGUGUUUCUAUUGGUUAUUUCCUUAGCGAUCUGGGAAUGAUCAUUUGGUUAUAUCCUUCUCUUGGUGGUUUGGAGUAUGUGGCUCAUCAUCUUCUUUCCAUGUUAUCUGUGAUCUAUGCAAUGGUGACUGGUGAAGGACAGAUUUAUACAUAUAUGGUCUUAAUUUCCGAGGCAACAACCCCUUCCAUCAAUUUAAGAUGGUAUCUCGAUGCAGCUGGGAUGAAGACAUCUAGGGCAUAUCUCAUCAAUGGGGUUGUGAUGUUUUUGGCUUGGGUGGUUGCUAGAAUCUUGCUGUUUUUGUACUUGUUUUAUCACAUAUGGGUGCAUUAUGACAAGGUGAUGCAGAUGCAGACAUUUGGACAUUGCUUGGUUCUUGGGGUUCCAUCAGUCCUUACUGUCUUGAAUUCGGUAUGGUUUUGGAAGAUUUUAAUGGGAUUGAAGAAGACAUUGGCAAAGAGGCAUUAGAAGUCCCUGUUCAAUAAUUAUGUCAAGGCACUAAUCUAUUUUUUUGUUUGUUUUUUCUUUUGUACAUUGACCUGUAUAUUCUCUCUUUUCAACUUUCUAUCCGAUCAAGGAGAGGAGGACAUUGAAAAAUGGACUGCGGAUUCCCUGGUUUACUACCAAGGGAAAUUCUGUUUUUUUUUUUUUUUUUUUUUUUCAGUUGGAAGGUGUCCGGGUCUCACCCCGACUAAUCCUACCAUCCCCAAGGAGAGCGGGCCCCACCGAUCCCCAGGAAAUUACCCCAAGCAGCCCAAGCGCGGAAUCGAAACCAGGACCGGCGCCUUAACUAAAAACGCGAAGUCCGCCCGAGCUGCCUGUGGGGGGCCUGGGAAUGUACUAAGUCCGCCCUACCAACCCCAAGGGAAAUUCUGUUUUGAGAAAUCGAACAAGUUCAUGUACUGUAUAUAUUCCUGUUAAAUUAAGAGCUGCAAUAAUAUUGCGAUCAUUAGCUUUCUAGAUAUUAUGGAGUGUAUUUCAAGAUUUGCAUC